AUGACUAGCGGUGGAUUGUCAUUGGCACAAGACGUAGAGGCAACCGAAGGCCCCAAGCCUACCUCAACGAAUUCCAGCCCGUUUGGAAACCCCUUUUCAACCGGUCCGUCACCUUCCACUGGUGCAUCCCCUGUCCAACAAAGCGGUCCGGCCUCGUCAUCGUCGGCAACAACAGCGCCAGCUCUGAAUCCAUUUGCCGCCAAGACAAGUCCUUUUGGCAAAUCAGACGCUGCAGCAGAGAGCGCGACGCCUAGCAACAACCCAUUCGGGUCGCUGAAUCAACCAAAUGGCACUUCGCAACCCAAAGCCUCGAGUACACCGGCUUUCCCUCCUGCGACCUUCGGCACCGGCGCACAACCAAAAGCACCGGAGCAAGCGCGACCAGGUGCCUCGACAGAUGGCUCUCCCGCCAUCACCGUCACUCCGCCAACACCUAAGUUCCCAUUGCCAGCGUCAACCACAGCCGCAGAGUCGUCAGCGCCUUUCAAAUUCCCAUCAAAUCCAGGCGUGCAGUCUGGGGCUCCGAAUGCUACCACUAGCGGUCCCUUCCAGCCAACUCCGAAAUCAUCUGUGACCCCACAGCUACCCUCCUUCUCGGCAGGCGCGGCGGCUCCCGCUCAGCCGGCAAAGCCUUUUACAACAUUUCAACCUCCACCGAAUCAACCUCCUAGCCUACCUCCGUCCGUUCUCUCUCAGACACCCACUAGCUCUACAACCGGGUCCGGGCAAUCCCCAUUACCAUCCUUCAAUUUCCAAGGGGCUAGUUCGGAACCCGUGAAGCCCGCGCCCUUACUUCAGCAGAGCUUCCCUCCAGCUAUCGCCUCUCCUGUACCACCUGCAGCUUCACCGCUCGCCCAAGUAAAGCCUCCUCAAGCUCCACCCGUCAAGCAGCGGUCCAAGAAAGAUGUUAUGGCCGACUUCGCGAAAUGGUUCGUUACAGGAGACAACGGGCUGAUACAAGAGUUCGAGAAAUACAUGGUUGAGCAGCUCGUCUCGGCCGCUUUUGAACAGUAUCACAGGGAGGAAGAGGAAAGGAAGAGAAGAGAGGAAGAGGAGAGGGAUCUGGCAGAAGCUCGGAAGUUUCAGGUUUACAACCUAUCAGUCAAGUACUUCUACCGAUGGAGGGAAAUCGCUAGAAACCUUCGCCUCACCAAGCUUCGCAGACAAGAAAGGGAGGAGUACCGAAGGGUUCAGCGGGAACAACGGGAGGAAGAGAUCAGGCAGAGGAAGAAGGCAGCCAAAGUUGCCGAGGCAAAGAAAAGGGCUUUGGAGAGGAACGGUUUCGAUCCUGUGGAGGAAUUCAGAGAGCUCCUUCAGCUCAGAAAAGACGGCACACAAGCCGACUUGCAAGCCGAAGCAGAGGCUUUGCUAGCGACCGGCAUCCUGUCGGGUGUCUCGAACGAAAGAAUCGCAGCCGCCAAUGUCAUUCGGGCCCCAGGGACGAUGGAGACAAUUGCGACGAACACGCCACUACCUCGAUCUCGCUCAUCAACAGCCUUAUCGCAGUCGACUACGGGCGCUAAGUCCCGCGGCGCGAAAACGCGGGCCAUACGGGAAGAGUUUGGCAAGAGCGCUACCAAUUUCCGACGAUCACUGCCUCCCAUGUCUGCCCACUCCUCGUCGUCACGACUGUCUUCAGAGCCGCAGAAGCGCGUUAGCAAAGUGUCUGACCGCUGGCGUCUGAAGGCGAUGGGGCUCGUUACGAUGCCCGACGGAACAGCGCUGCCGGAGACCAUCGCAAACGAGAUGCGGUACAAUGGGAAACGAUAUGCAGGGCUCGGGUCAUUCGGCUUGGACGCCACGGAGCGACGGCGGAGCGUCUCGGCGGAUCUCAACCACGCAGCCGAGGCCCGAUUACGCUUUUCGCAGUCGCUCAACGGUGGCAGUGGCAGUGGCAGCGCUGCUGCCCUAUCGCAAGUCAACGGGAUCUCACCGCUUAGUAAGAGGAAACGGGCUCUCGAUGACGACGACAACGAGGUUGCUGUCGCGGACGAAGCCGCCACGCGGGUCAAGAAGCGGCCGUCGAGCAAUGCGGAGAUUGAUAGGAUACUCCGGGAGGCGAGGGAGAAUCUGGAAUCGUUGAGGAGUUCGAGGAUCGAGCUCGACGAAGGGGCGGACUGGUUCAGGGAACAGAACGAGAUGAUGCACGCGGAGGAGGCGAGCAGGGCUAGCUCGCCGUGGGGGAAAAGCGGUCAUCGAUGA